UGUGUGCAUGUCUCAAAAAAAUGGCGAUUGAUAAAUUUUUGUUCAGAGUUUGAAAGCACAUUCUUCAGGAAUUAGUUAAUUCAUUCGUAAUUUAAUUGUUGGCUUAUAACUGUGAAUAAGGCAUCGGAAUGGCUGAUGCCAUAGUAGAGCGAAGACCUGUUGCUAGGUUCUUUUGCCACAGGUGUAACAUUGAAUUUGAAGAUGUUUUGCAGGAUUACACCUGUCCAUACUGUGCAAGUGGUUUCAUUGAGCAAUUGGAGAAUGAUACAGAGGGGGGCCUUUCCGUUGAUGAUUUUAGUGAUGCCGACAUGAGUAAUAUUGAAGACAUGAGCAACAUUGAUGACAUGAGUAAUCUGGAUGACUCAGAUGACUUACAUCAGAGCGCACCUCCAAUGUUGAACGACCUCGCCUUUCUCAUGUCGGGCGGACGGAUGCGGGGUCCAGGACGGCGCGAGACGCUGAUGGAGCAGCUGGUGUGGAUGAUAGGCGGAGCCCGCGGGGGCACGGGCGCGGUCGCCGCCGCCGCGCCCUUCGUGCUCGUGGGCGCUCCGGGGGACUACGUCUUCGGCGGAGAGGGUCUGGAUGCAGUAGUGACACAGUUACUAGGUCAGCUGGAGAACUCGGGGCCUCCGCCGCUGCCGCGUGAACAGAUCGCCGCGUUGCCCACACAGGCCAUCACUGAAGAGCAAGUCGCAGCCAGUACCGCCUGCUCUGUCUGCUGGGAGAAUUUCCAAUUAGAGGAGACGGUGUCGCGGCUGGAGUGCGGGCACGUGUUCCACGCGUUGUGCAUCACGCCGUGGCUGCAGCUGCACGCGACGUGCCCCAUCUGCCGCCGCUCGCUGCUGCCGGCGGAGCCCCCGCCGCCCGCGCAGCCACCGGCGCAGCCCGACCCGCGGCCCGCAGCGCAGCCCGGGCCCCGGCCCGCGCCCCACGUGGUGGUCCGGCGGCUGGCGGGCCCGCGCUGGGAGGAGUCGUCGGGGUCGUCGUCGGCGUCGUCAGCGUCGCCGCCGUCGUCGGUGACGGCGGUCACGGCCGUCACCGCCGUCACGGCCGUCACGGCCGCCGGCCUGUGGGGCCCGCCGCGCUCCGACUCCACCACCACCACCAACUCCAGCGCCUCCCUCAACUCCAACGCCGACAGAGACCGCCACUACAACAUGGAUAUCGACUACGACUAAUCACCAUCCGUCCGUGCGCAGACCGAGAUGACAGUCCAGAGGGAACACUGCCCGCGACGUUAUAUUAGUAUACGAGUGACGCUUAUAUAUAAAUGUGCUAGAUAACGAGUGUAGCGAUUUUUAUUGUGUAUUUUGUUAAGUGACAAGAAGCGAUUAUAAAUACGAGCUAUAUUGAAUAUUUUGGUUGUCUCGGACGGUUUUGGUUUCAGAGGAGCUUCCUCCCGUGUAUACUUAAAUUGUGGAAUGAACUACCUAAAGAUUUUUCUAGAGACUACAUGCAUGGUGUUUUUUACUAAAGGUAAAUUAAGGUUUUUAAGGAUCGACAACGCGCACGUGAUACCUCUGGCAUUACAGGCGUAUAUAGGCUAUGGUAACUGUUUACCAUCAGAAUAGCCGUAUCCCUGUUUGCCACCAUCAUGGUUUAAAAAUAUAUCAAGGGGUUAUUUAUUAAUGACAUAGAAUUCUUAAUGACAUGCUAUGGAUAUAGAAAAUGGAAUCACACUUGGUUCAAAUAUCAAUAAUAUUUAACUUGAAAGAGUUACAAAAAAAAUGAUUUGUUCGAAUGUUGACAAUCGCUUGUCAGUGAGCGUGGUUCUGGGAGCAAAUGUGAAUGAGUGUAUUUAUUUGCUUUGAGCAGUUUGUCGUCUUUAAUUUUGUUGUAUGUCGUGUUCCCUCUUGACUUUUAUCUUGGUCUGGGCCCGCGCCGUUCUCGGCGAGACAAUGCUCGUGUGUGGCUGUGCAGUGCUCGUGUCUAUGAUGUGUGCUCGUUAGCUCGCGUGCUCGUGUGCUCGAGUGUUCUGUCCAUCGGGAAGCACACUAAUGGACACUGUAGUAACAUAUGUUAUUUUUGUAUGUACGGUAAUUUUUUUCCCUCUCGUCUUUAAAUAAUGUAAUUAAAUACAAACAUUGUACGAGUGUUGAUAUGUAUAAAAUAUAUUAUAUAGUUAACAUAAACAAACUUCUUUAGAUAUUAUCAUCAUACAAACGAACUGGCGAAGUUGUGUGCCUUUAAUUUGUACUGUUAUAUUAGCUACAUUGCAUCAAUUAAUGAUGCUCCAUAUAAUAAUAUAAUGCUGAACUAGUAUGAUAUUGGAACUAUUCAGUUUACUGAGGGGCCAUCCGUAAAUUAUGACACUGAUUUCGACACUCGGCCUUGUCACACUUGAAACCUCCUAGUGUGACAUAAGAUUUUGCAAAACAAAGCAAUUUAAACCUUGUACAUAUAUACAGAUAGAGCUGAAAAUAUUUUGAAUAAUGCGUCAAUCAAGAAAAUUUCGCAUACUUGUAGAUAUAUUUUGAAAUGUGACAUGAAAGUUACGACACGUACCCCUUGUCACACUAUGUCACACUUCGACCCCCUCCCUACCCCCUGAACAUGUGACGUAAUUUCUAGAUGGCCCCCUAAUUCUUCCAUUCUAUUGUACAGUGAUAGUUUUGUAGACUUCAUUUUUACCUCGUAAAGGGAGAUAUUAGGGGAGGUAGUUUUGUAAAUUUUGUAAAUAUAAUCAUAGGCGUUUCUGUUAUUUUAUUUUAUGAUAACACGCUGUACAAUGUAUUUGGGGGUUGAUCCGACAAUGUUUAAAGGUAAAUUGUACGAUUCAUUGUAUUAAUAUUAUAUGUACAUAUUGGAAUAUAUAGAAUUAUUACAAAAAUAAAAGAUAUUAUCAACACAUGAAAUAUAGCAUUUUUUUAGUAAAAAUUAUGUAUUUUAGUAUUCAUAAAUAAUAUAUUUAAAAUUAGGAAGCAUUCUGUUUAUUUUUCUUAAUUUUUUUUUGCCGUCAAAUUUUUUUGAUCGUUAUCCCUAACGUCCACUUCAACUUGCUAUUUCUUUUGUGGCUUCUCAAGGG